GGCCAUCACUUGGCAGGGCCGUUGGGGAGGGAGGAAGAGGGCCUAGGCCGAAGGUGACGCUGAGGCGGCGGAGGUGCGGAGAAAGCCAGGAGUGAGAGCGAGCCACGGCACUUCGAGUGCUCUCCCCCAUCUCUCUGCGGUGAAUGGCGGCGGGAUGGAGCACGAGGGGAGCGGCGGCAGCGGGGGUUCGGCCGGGCUCCUGCAGCAGAUCCUCAGCUUGAAGCUCGUGCCGCGGGUGGGCAACGGGACCCUGUGCCCCAACUCCACUUCUCUCUGCUCCUUCCCAGAGAUGUGGUAUGGCGUGUUCCUGUGGGCGCUGGUGUCCUCCCUCUUCUUUCAUGUCCCUGCUGGAUUACUGGCCCUCUUCACCCUCAGACAUCACAAAUAUGGUAGGUUCAUGUCUGUAAGCAUCCUGUUGAUGGGCAUCGUGGGACCAAUUACUGCCGGAGUCUUGACAAGCCUGAAAACUGUGACCUUCCAAAGCAAAGGACUGCAAACAUUAAGUAACGUUAUCCUUACCACCUAAACUGUUCUGUGUGAAAUAUAAUUGAUGUUGUUAUCUGUUUUGAAAAUAGUUUCUGGUAAUUAAAUCUGGCAGUUUUGAAGGGAAAAUUUUCAUUGUGAGUGUAAGGCUAACUGCCCAUGAGGUCAUGUGCAGUUCUCUUUCAUUUAAAGCAAUAUGCCCGCUGGUUUCCGAGUAAAAAUAGCCAAGGAUAUUUACCAGGGAUAGUCAAAGAGAAAAAUUACAAAGGACCUCAAAAUUAUCUGGACUUUUUCUUUUUAACUAAUAGGCCAUUAGACCACUUAGCAAAAUUAUAGUGACGUGUACACUCCGACCAGGUGCAGGAUUACAAGCGUUGGAAUGCGGGCAACUCUCUCUACAAAUUUCCCAACAAGAUCACUCUCCAAUGCUCAAAUCUCCCUUUCAAGCAAGUUUUAAAAUCUUUAAAGACUCCACUUCUUAGUUCGACAAGCUGUAAUUUUAACAAAUAGAAAAUUUCUUCAUUUAAAAAAAUAUGUCGUAGGAAAUGAUUUUAAUCAUCUCUCUUUGAAAGAAGCCUCUUAGCAGUCUCACCUGAAACAUCCCUUUGGACAGAAUUUCACAAGUUGAACAUGUGGGCCCCUCCCUCCCCCUGAAUAUUUAUUUUUGAACACACUGAUCCAUGAUUUGUUU